AUGGCCGCCCAGUCGCCAGCGAAGAAGCGCGCGCGCAGGUCAGGCAGGGGCGACUUGGGCGUCACUGGCGGUGAGCACCGCGACGACGCCCCCUCUCUGUCGCCCGCAGCCCCCCCACCCCCACCCCCACUGCCCGCAUUGUGCUCCCUGCGCUCGCGCGGGGGAGCGGUGGCGGCUGCGAGGUUGGCGGUUAGGUUGGGGAUGGUGAGGUUGAGCAGCACCUCCGCGUUGAAGUCCUGGAAAUGCACCACCGCCGCCCCCUGCCCGCCCCGCCACCAGCGCCGUGCCAUGGACCGUGGGACAGAGGCACCAAGCAACAG